AUGGAUGUAUAUGAGAUUAUUGCUUGGUGUAAAGAGAAGAAUGUUGCACUUGAGAAUGCUGUUGUUUUAAGCAAUGUGCCACUGGACAUUACAGACACUGUUAUAUAUAGGGUGCUAGACACAGUUAAGGGAACUGGCAAGACAAAAGUGCAUGGUCGAUGCAGUGAUAAAACAGGUAGGGAGCAAUUUGUCUUAGUAGAGACUUCUAAAAGGGUUUCUGAAAUUUCUUUCCCAGUUUUUAUUGGAAUUCCUGAUGAAAUAGGCCCAUGGUCCACUCAAGUACUUAGUGCUACAUCCCCUUCAUCUGGCAGUAGUAAAGUUCAGAAAUGCCAAACUGCCUCACCAGUAGAAGCUCAGAAUUAUAGGAAACUGCUCACAUUUUCUGGACUGACUCCUACACCAAAUGGGGAGGAAGACUAUGAGGUAUGGGCUGAACACACUACACAUAUUCUUGAAGAAUGGCAGUGUUCUGACAAUAUGAAGAAACAGGGACUAGUGGAAUGCCUUAGAGGGCCCGCAGCAGAUAUUGUGAGGUUUGUGAAGGUUGAAAAUCCUUCAGCUACUUCUUGUGACUACCUGAAGGCUCUAGAUACAGCAUUUGAUCCUACAGAAAAUGCAUCUGAUCUGAUGGUGAAGUUCAGAAAUACCUUCCAAGAAAAAGGGGAAAAGCUCUCUGUGUAUAUAAUCAAGCUAGAUAAGCUACUACACAGUGUUCUGAGAAAAGGGGGACUGAAGUCUUCUGAACUGAAUCGCCUUCGUAUUGAGCAAAUAAUUCGAGGGGCUCUUCCAGAUGACAUGGUGGCACUUAGGUUUUUGAACCACCUCCUUUCACUGAACUUCUAA